GUUCGGGAAUAUGGCCGCGCGGUCAUUGUGGGCGGUCCGGCGGCUGGUGCAGCGCCUCCUGGCCUCGAGUGCCGCGUCCGAAGGCAGGGGAUGGCUGCAUCCUUUCAGCACCGCCACCCAGAGAACUGCUGGAGAGGACUGCAGUUCUGAGGACCCUCCCGAUGACCUUGGGCCCUCUCUUGCAGAACGAGACUUAAAGCUUAAAGCUGUGAAACUGGAGAAAGAAGUCCAGGACUUAACAAUGAGAUACCAGAGAGCUGUAGCUGAUGGUGAAAACAUAAGGCGGCGAACCCAGAGAUGUGUAGAAGAUGCCAAGAUAUUUGGAAUUCAGAGUUUCUGUAAGGACUUGGUAGAGGUGGCAGACAUUUUGGAGAAGACUACAGAGUACAUUUCUGAAGAAACAGAGCCUGGGGACCAGAAGCUCACUCUGGAGAAGAUCUUCCGAGGGUUAUCACUUUUAGAAGCAAAGCUGAAAAGUGUGUUUGCCAAACAUGGUCUAGAGAAGAUGACACCCAUCGGUGACAAAUACGACCCUCAUGAGCAUGAACUCAUCUGUCACGUGCCCGCUGGCGUUGGGGUACAGCCCGGCACCGUGGCAUUAGUAAGGCAAGAUGGCUACAAGCUUCAUGGCCGCACCAUUAGACUUGCCCAGGUGGAAGUGGCCGUGGAGUCUCAGAGAAGACUAUGAAAGGACCGUGAGGAACUGGAUAUUCUCCCAGAGUACAGUCACCUGUGUUUCCUUUAUUUAUUAAACUAGGUUUGUAUUGUACAUGAGGUACUUCAUGUGAUCUGUUUUGGAUUUAGUCAUAUUGGCUUUAUUUCUAAAAUACUCUAUGGAUUUAAUGUGACCUAUGUGGUCUCAUCAGAAGUCUUGCCAUUGGGCAUUUGAACAAUGUGACCAGUGAUCCUGUGGCCUUUGUCCAAAUCUGUUUAAGAAAAUUAUUUUAAAAUUGGUACUCUGAUGACUAUCAAUUGAAAAUCUUUUUAAAAGAUGGAAACGAGGAUAUGUUUAUGUAUUUUCAGCUAAAUGUUUAAUGGUCUCUGUAACAGGAAUUAUAUAGGAUCUGUUAUUUCGUGGGAAAAGGAGAUGGUAGGGAUUGAUUCAACGUCUGGGUACUUAGAUGCUAAAGCUUUAUAGAGUUACAUGAAUUUAGAUCGUUUGGGUUGAUUUUUAUACACAUAGAUUUUUUUUUUUUAGGACUUCCCCUUGUUAUUUUUCCUUUAGCCACCUUUUGUCCUUGUAGUCCCCACCAGGUGGGCCAUAUUCACACUCAUUGUCCCUUUCCAGUUCCCGUUUACAAGGGCUAAUUAAGGCCAAGGCAAGACUUGGAAGGCAAGGAGUAUCAAGAAAUUCAAGAUACGAGGUCCCUUUCAAGCAAGUAUGACCAAGAGACGUUGUGCUGUCUUUGCUGAGUUACCUUCAGAUUUUCAGCCUCCCUGGGUAUAUAAUCAUUUCAGGGUAACUGAAGCAGCACCCAUAGCCAAUGAUCCAAGUUGGUCUGUAUAAGUAAUUUACCUACAGCUUUUCUCUCCACUAGCCCUUAAAUCUUCCACUUCGUCAAAUUUGCUUUAUCAUCCUUUAUUAGAUUAUGCAGGGAGGUGGUCAGGACAAAAAUAGGUUCCUACAAUUUCUCAUUUCAUUUAGUUAUACUGAUUUUUUUUUUUUUUUUUUUUUUUUUUUUUUGGUACUCACAAAUCACUACCUCUCUCACACUGAUAAACUUUGUUUUCUAGUUUUUGUUUGUCUUAUGUCACAUGUAUUAAUAUCUAGCUGGAGUUAGUGAGACUGUGUGGUUUUGUUUGUUUGUUUUUUCUAGUCUUACUUAUACCUGGUGCUCUGUAACAGAUUUGGUCAGUAAAUAAGUGAAUGAAUGACCUAUGAAUCAGACUUUAGAAAGGAGGUCACUUAUGGAUUUGUAAUGUUCGAAGAGGCCUUAAUGAUGAUCUCAUCUCACCCUUUCAGCUUCUUAAGAAUGAAGACCUCUUUUAAGAACUGGACUCAAAAAUGUCUAAAACCUGUAAACUGAAUUUCUGUGAGGACUUGAAUAAGGAAUAACUAGAUACUAACUUUAAUCAUUUAAGCUUCAACAGUUCUGUAAUGAACGUGCAAGUGUGUCCCCAGCAAACAAAUGUCGUUGGAGGUCCAGAUUGCAUGGGUUCAGGUUUUUACGUCAGUUACCCAUAAAGUAAAUCCAUUUCUAGAACUUUAUGACCCCAUUCCGUGGAGUGGUAAAAGUUAUCCUCUUAGACAUCAUAGAUGGUUCUAGCACACUCCGCACAUAUCAAUAAAACCAUCCCCCAAUGGGCCCUGCCAUCUCCACCAGAAUUAGACACUUAAAAAAAAAAAAAAAAAAAA